AUGGAUACCUCAAGCGAGAUCUCAGAUCCCACCCAAUGGCUGGAGACACCACUUUCACUACUUGCGCCGCUAGAAUCCGCCCUCCGCUGCCAGGUUUGCAAAGAGUUCUUCGACAACCCCGUCAUCACCUCUUGCUGCCAUACGUUCUGCUCAUUAUGCAUCCGCCGAUGCCUCAGCGCCGAAGGGAAAUGUCCGGCGUGUCGAUCUCCUGAUCAAGAACUCAAACUACGUCGAAACUGGGCUGUCCAGGAACUGGUGGACGCGUUCCAAACGGCAAGACCGAGCGUGCUUGACUUUUCGAGGGAAACCGCGCAACUUGCCCAGGCGGAGGAGCAGGCCGGUGAACCUUUACACAAAAAGCGAAAGGUUACGCAGGUCGAAGAGCAUGUACAGACAUCAGAGACCAGCUCCCAAGGGCGGCGCACGCGAUCACAACGGCACCAGCUCCAGGCUGAGGAAUCUCCUGCCUUCGAUACUUCGCCGCAAGUUAUUGAGGAUAGUCAGGACGAAGAUGAAUAUGUUCCCGAUGACGGGUUGGUCGCAUGCCCUAUAUGCAAUCGCAAGAUGAAGGAAGAGGCAGUGUUCCCUCACCUAAAUGUACACCAAGAGGGAGAAUCACCUAAAAAGCCGCCACCAGCUCCUUCAUCAUUUGGAUCACUAAGAGCACCCCCGAAAAGCCUCGUCCUCUCCGGCAAACCACUCGAACGAAUUCCCACCAUCAACUACUCCAUAUUAAAAGAAAAUGCAUUGCGCAAAAAGCUCUCUGAUCUCGGGAUCCCAAAUUGGGGCCCAAAACAGCUCUUGCAUAGACGCCACACGGAAUGGAUGAACCUUUGGAACGCAAAUUGCGAUUCCAAAAUCCCGAAGUCCAAGCGGGAACUGCUUCAGGAAUUGGAUGUCUGGGAACGAACUCAGGGCGGGCUUGCGGCGGGGCCUUCGCCCUUUCUCUCGAAUAGCAAUGUGAUGCGUAAGGACUUUGAUGCAAAAGAAUGGUCAUCGAGUCAUGACGAUGACUUCAAGCGCUUGAUCGCCAAUGCUCGCAAGAAAGCUGGCGUCAAGGCCAAUCCCGCCACCUCUGAAUCAGUCCCAGUUCCACCUCCAUCUGAACCCCCGGUGAAUAGCAGUCUAGUCGAGCCCAGUCUGGAAGCCGAACCCGACCAGGUGAUUGACCUGUCCGGGUGA